CAGAGCACACGAUGGACCGGGAGGGGAUGCUGGUCCGGUGUAUUUACUACGGGAGGAUCGGACACGAGGCCACGGAGAGGCUGCUGCAGAGAUUCGGACACGACGGCAGCUUCCUGCUGAGAGACAGCGAGACCGUGCCGGGGGCCUGCUGUCUGUGUGUGAGGAAAGCCCCGUUUGUGCACACCUACAGGCUCAUACCCUCUGCCAACGGCUGGAGUCUUCAGCAGGAUCCAGGAGUCCCACCGCAGAGUUUUGGGACUCUGGAAACGCUGAUAGAGCAUUACAGAAGAGGCUCUGAUGCCGGCAUGGCCCCCCUCACAGAACCGCUGGACAAAACACAGCUACGACACAGCAGCUUGGGACCAGAGUGUUUCUACAUGGAGAUGUGAGCCAGCAGCAGCUCUGUCUCUUGAGGGUACGUCUUCAUCAAUCAGGGGGACGAACAAGAUGGCGGAGACCGGCAUUUUGUGGACCAGCGAGGGUCUGUGCGUUCACAUCUUCUCAAAUGUAUUUGAGUGUCUCUUUAGUAUCGGGUUAAUAAAAAGCUGCUGCGGUGUAUGCAAACUGUGUACGUUUGAAUCAACUUUAAAAAGUGUGUGGGAGCAUAAAAAGAAAUUCGAUGACAUUUCUGAUGCUGUUGUAUGAAGAUGUUUGUGUCAUGCAAGACAGAUGUGUUUACAUUAGUCGUGGUCAUGUGUCCCCAUGUUGUCUUUCUGCUUGGGGAAGUCACGUUUGAGGACGGCGACCUCUCUGAUCUGUGCGGUUUGUCGGCACAUGUUUCAUUUGAUCUUAUCCGCCGCCGCAGAACAGAGGAACCUGUGCACAACGACACAGGAAAUGGAGCAACGCAGGAAAGGCGGGUCUUAAAAUCUGCAGCGGGCAUCUCAUCGUGCCUCUUCAUCCAUUCAUUCAUUGUCGCGAUGCACUCGUCUUCUUCGCCGCUAUCCAACCUCGACAGGUCUGACAACCAGCUGAUCACUAUCUGUGAUCUCAAAGAAAGAAUACAAAUAGAUCAUGCUGCUCUCAAAUGGUCGAUGUGUGUCUGCUUGGAUCUGAACGUGCAUAUUUUGUGUCUUCAGUAUCUGCAAAGUCCAGUCAACGCACGACGCCAGUGAAAUAAACAUCCGUGAGACGUGGCUUUACAGGAAGAACUAUUUGACUUGAACCUCCAAUGUUGAGGUUACUGUCAGAGCUGCAACAAGCUGAGUCCGUCUGAGCUCUGACAGUGACCCAUGUUUGAUGUUUUAUGCAUCUGCUGCCACA